AUGCUGUGCGGUACAGAUGCCGACAUCAUCGAGGUUGCCGGCCCGUCACCGGACCUCUCAUUCCGGAUGCGGCUGCUCCGCUCCGAGAAUCCGGACGUUGUCAACGGCUUGCUCGCUCUCCUACCCUUCCAAAGCUUCCUACUCCACGUCGUGGUAGCCGGCGAGACCAUCUACACGCCGGCGCCUAGCAUAUCUCUUUCCUCCAAGAACAUGGUGCCCCGACAAAAGGGCACUGUCUACUGGAACACGACCAGCCAGUCAGUGUGCUUCUGCUACGGCGCCGUAACCGAGAGUACGGCCGUCAAUCAGUUUGCCCAGGUACUUGACGAGGAUCUGCCGAAGCUUGAGGCUCUCGGAAGGCUGGUGUACAGAGAGACUGUGUCGGCAAAGACGCCGACUAUCGUUCAGAUGACCAUGCGCCUGCCCGGAGAUAACUCAGCACCCAAGACCCAACCGCAUUCCGUGGUUGGCGACAAGUUUGACGGAAGCUGGCAAUCAGCCAAGGCGCUGAUCGAGCAAGAGAUCAGGAGUCUCCGGCAGCCGCAAGAGCCAAUAGACAUCAAACGCAUCCGCCUCGGCGCGACAGCCGCCCGCGCAGGCAGUGAGGGCAGCGCGCUGCAAACCAUCGUCUUCCUGCAAGGCUUCCUGUCAACACUCGGCCCCCACGUCUUCUCCCGGCUACUCGCCGUGUCCUACUACCCAGAGAUGACUGUGCCGCUGAUGGUCCGGCAGACGCGCGAGUUCCUGAUCCAAACUUUCAACCACUUCCACUUCCUGUCGGACCUGGGGCUCAGACGCACGGCCAAGCUGGGCGAUGUGUAUUCGCAGGCGCUGGACUCGGUCACGACGAUGGACGAGUACAGGGAGCUUACGGAUGCGAUGCGGACGCUGAUACAACUGCUGUACCGGUGGCUGCACCUGGUGUUUCCGUGGCACCUGAAGGGCCGGCUGCAGAGCCGGUCGGUGGAAGAGGCGGAUGGCAUGCCGUCAUUAGCAGUUCUCGAUGGAGUCAAUCCUUGA